CGAGUCAUCAUUCGCACGGAACGAGAGAGAAAAAGCAAUUUUUAAUUGACCUGUUAUUUUUCAACUCGGAUUGGGUGAAACGGGAAGAGGCUGUUUCGUGCGCGGCUGUACCGGCCGAGAUCGUCCCCCUUUCCCUGCCGAGCCAACAGAACUGGGAUUGCACGGGGCGAGUAACAGAGACAAAGGCCACCGGGAGGGGUUAGCAUUUCUCUCCUCCCCCUUGCCCUCCCGGUCGAGCGCCCUGUCGUUUCGGAGCCGGAGCGAAGGCGAGGUCUCCCGAGGAGCUGCUCAGGCUGUGCUUUCAUCAUGGCGACAUCAUCAGCCAUUGCAGAUCAAAUCCAAAAUGAUAUUUUAAACUGCAAGAUCUGCUUUAAUAGGUUUAAGCAACCGAAGAUGUUGCCCUGCGCCCACACCUAUUGCUUUGACUGCCUGGAAAGCAUGGUGAGUAGAAACAGAAGGAUCCGUUGUCCCGAGUGCAGGGACGAGGUGGACGUGAGCGGCGGCGUCAGCCAGCUAAAGACCAACUUUCACAUCAACAGCCUUAUGGACCUCUUCCAGACGCAGGAGAGCGAGGAGGCGGCCUGCGGCCUGUGCGCCACGGCGGGGAAGAACAGGCCUUCUGCGGCAGCUCAGUGCAAGACCUGCUCCGUUCACCUCUGCCCCUCUUGCAAGGUCAGGCACAUGGCGGGCAACCCGGGCCACGUGUUGAAGAGCCUGCCGGGAUUCAGCUCGGGCCCCUGUGAGGCCGAGGUGAAGAUGCAGAAGAAGGUGUACUGCCAACAACAUCCCAGAAUGCUGGUGGAUUACUUCUGUAACACCUGCAGCAGCACCAUCUGUACCAGUUGCUUGAGCUCUCAUGCCCAGCAUAGAAAAACGCCAGUGGCUAGAGCAGUGGAAACCGCGAGACCCUUAGUGACGAAGCUCAUUGGAAGACUGAAUACUGAGCUUCAGUCACUGGCCCAGCAGGAGGACAGCCUCAGCGAUGCAGGGAACAGGCUGAAAGCUACAGAGUGCUCCCUGAUGUCAAUGAUCGAAAGUACCCUGACAGAGGCCAUAAACAACCUGAUCAAGCAAGGCGACGCCGUCAAGGCCACCCUCGCCGAUUACGUCAGGGAACAGGAGGAGUUGUACAGGAAUGCCAAGGCGGACCUUCAGCACCAGAUAAAGAAGGCGGAAGGGACCAGGGAGUUUGCCGAGCGCAUCCUGCAGUCUGGCCAGGCGAGAGAGAUAGUGUGCCUGAAGUCCAUUGUAGAAGAGCAUGUUAACGCUGUCCAAGCACUGAAGGUGCCCACGGGAGAGAAAACCAGUCCCAGCCUAAAGGUCAAUGAAUCAGUAAAGAAAGAAAUUUUUCAAUCGAACCUAUUCAGCAUCACGUUCGAGGAUGAAUCCAUUCCUAGGGCCCAAACUACUCCAGCCAGAACAGAGCAGCAUAGGAGUCCAGGCAAUUCUCGUCAGGCGAGCGUUCCGGUUCCUCAACCCAAGCAAAAGGUGCGGAACAUGUUCAGCUUCAACACUGAGCUGUCGCACGAAGAGUACGAUCCCAAGUUGACUGGUGUUAGCGUUGCCCGCGAUGGAACCAUCAUCGUCGUGGAUGAAGAGAACUCCAGUCUGAAAUGCUUCACGGACGCUGGACACCUUAUUCAGACUAUCUCGCUGCCCGAUGACGACGACGACCCGUGCAGCAUUGCUGUGUGCGACGACACUAUUGCCUGCUCGGCGGGGAACAAACUCUACUUUCUGGAGCUGGACGGAGGUUUUCUGAGGAAGCUCUUCCUGCGUGGUUCUGAGUCCAGUUACCCCAUCGCUGCCUACGAAGACGAGUAUGUGGCGGUGAGCGAGGGGGCCUUGUGCUCCCUGUCUCUCUACGAUGUCGACGGGCACGUGGUCAGCAGGGUCAAGCCGCACGGCUACGAAGGCGUCAGGUUUCUUUUCCUGGCGAUCAACUCUUCGGAGGAGUUCAUCGUAGCCGACAGUGGGAAGAAAUGUAUUGUCAUAUUCGACAGGGACGGGGUGGUCCUCACUGUCUGUGAGCAGAUCACUUUGAACGGGCUGGAUUGUGCAAUAAAACCGUAUAGCAUUUGCACGGAUGUAAAUGACAAUAUCCUGGUCACUGAGCGAAAUAGAAUCCUUUUAUUUUGGUCAGAUGGAACUUUUAGGGAGGAGCUGUUGAACACAGGAAAUGGACUUCACAAACCUCGUGUCAUUACUGUUAACGAUGAUAACAGCCUCAUCGUCACUCAAGGCAAUGGGUUUGUUUCAUUGUACAAACUUGACUUCUCUUAGCUUCAGAGCAGGGGUUCAGAGUGAGCACAACCUCCUUAUGCCCUGCAUAAUGAGGGGAGGUGCUUCGGGGGCAAGGGAAGGCGGUACUUAAAACCCACAAUGUAGUUUGAGUCUAGUUCAGUGCAACCUGUACAUACACGCGGUGGCCACUUUAUUAGGUAUGUUCGUGGCCUUUUACUGCUGUCGCCCCAUCCACUGCAAGGUCGGAUGUGGUGUGUGUUCAGAGAUGCUCUUUUGCACACCACUGCUGUAAUGCAUGGUUAGCUGAGUUACUGUCUCCUUCUUGUCACCUUGAACCAGUCUGCCCAUUCUCCUCUGACCUCUCUCAUUAACAAGGCGUUUUCACCCACAGAACUGCUACUCACUGGAUGUUUUUUUUUGUUGCACCAUUCCCGGUAAACUCUAGAGACUGUUGUGCGUGAAAAUCACAGGAGGUGCUCAAACUGCCCUGGCUGGCACCGACAAUCAUUCCACGGUCCGCUUUUGUUCCCUAUUCUGAUGUUUGGUCUGAACACCAACUGAACCUCUUGACCACGUCUGCAUGCUUUUGUGCAUUGCGCUGCUGCCACGUGAUUGGCUGAUUAGAUAUUUGCAUUAACAAGCAGGAAUACCCAAUAAAGUGGCAACUAUCUGUACAUAAACCAUUCCAAAAAGAUUAACAUUCCAAAGCAUGACAUAAAGAGUUCUGGCAGGCAAAAUCCGCCAACAUUUUUCAUUGAUGUCUCUUUCUAACGGGCACCAUCAUCUCACCAUGACCCCACAGACUUAGAUCUGGACUCCAUUUAGACCAUAAUCAGGCCAUUUGGCCCAUUGAGUGUGCUCCACCAUACCAUCAUGGCUGAUUUAUUAUCCCAAAUGCGUUUGUUCCACUUCCUCACGUCCCCCAAUGAUUUGCAGGGUCUUUGUGCUCCAGUCAUUUCUACGUCACAUGAAAUACACUUGAGAGAUCUCAGAUCAGUUAGUAAGCACAGUGGUACAAAACAACAACAGUGUCCCUCAUUUGACAUGGUUGGCACACAGUGUCAGAAAUGGGGUUGGCGCACGUGACUGAAAUGGAUCCAGCUAUAUUGACGGUGUUCUUCUGGUUCUGGGCCUUUGUCAGAGUGGAGCAAGUUUCACUUUUCACUCUUGGGGCGAAUUUGACGCUAAUAUUUCAUACUGCCUGAAACAUUCCAAGCAUGGUCCUUGCACCCGAGGAGACAACGCUAGCAUUCCUCCAGCAGACUUUUCGCCUCUGCAGUUUCCAGCAUUUGUUGGCUCUUGUGCCUCCCGUUUAUUUUAAAAUAUAACUUGCUUCUUUUUAUUCUUAAGGCCAACACCCAUGCUGGAGUAUAGGCCACCCGACAGCAGCUCCUCUGUCCUGGGCAAAAGGUUGAUGGGCCAUGUGGCUUCCCCUUUCACCACACGACUUCAUACGCCUUCGAGGUGAAGAUCCUUUCUCUCCCGGGGAUGAGGUCUUUGGAGCUAAUGUUGGUUCUGCUGUAGCUUUGGGUCUUUACAGGUGGGGUUGCUAGCUCCCUGCCCAACCCUCCUCUCACGUUCGGGCGUGGCGGGGUGAAAACUUACCAUUACCAGCUUAAAACUGCACUCUAUCUGCUUUUUGAUCUCUACCAUCUGUUUACUGUUGAGAUUGUUUCCCCCCCCCACCACCGUGUUACCAAACAGUUGAGGAUGAGACAUGGACCAUGUUUUGUCUGGACUGCUCUCUGUAAUCAGCUUGUAUGUUUUCCCCGUGCCCGCGUGGGUUUCCUCCCACAUUCCAAGAACGUGGGUUAGUAGGUUAGUUGAUCACAUGGGUGUAAUUGGGCAGCACAGGCUCGAUGGGCCAAAGGGCCUCAUUACUGUGCUGUAACUCCAAGUAGAACAGAUCAUUAACGAAAAUUACUCAUUGGGAACUAACGCGGAGAGCUUUGGUGAUGACUUUGUUAUAAGCAGUAAAUAAUACAUUAAUAAAGACGAUUAUUUUAGUGAUGAUUUAUUGAGGGUAAAGGAAAAGUUUUUGCUUGUUAUAUAUGGUAUCUAGUGUUUAACAAGCAUAGUAAAGAAAUGCUUCUUAAGUAGAAAAAAUGUAAACAAAUCCAAAAACAAAAGCUUAAGAAUUUGUUCUGAUUACCUUUUGAGAAAUCAACAAAAAUCAGUAAAAUCAUAGGCUUGAAGAUCAAGGAAAUUCCAUAGGGAGUUGACUGUAUUGUCGAGCUUUACACCUGAUUCCAGUGUUGGGCUUCCAAUGAACAGUUCUUGGUUAAGAUCCAGAAUGAAUAGUGACCUUUGAUUAGCUCUCCCAAUCCUAUUGAUUUAGUCAUGUUGGCGAUUAUGUUAACAGUGUAAGUGCCAGAUCCUGUUGUUAUUGUGCUUGCUGAAAAAUAACCAAUUAUUCCAUUCUAUCCAAUGUACUCCAAUGUACUCUUUUACUGCAGCAUCUUAAAAACGUUGAAAUAAAAUUUAUUUUGAAGUUCCUUAAUGUUACUUAUG